UUGAUUUGACCAUUAUCAAGUGAUGGCGAUGAUGGCUGCGACGACACUCACAGUCACACCGCCGAGAUGGUCGUGGCGUCCAACUCGUCGUUCCUUUUCCCGCCAAAUGCAUCCACGGCUGAGAGGUUUGGGAAUGUACAGAAAUGGUGGUGUCUCUGGGAGCAAUUGGGCUUUUGAAAUCCUUCCGAGUGGUGAAAAGGCAUAGUUGGAUGAGCAGGAUGUGGUGAGGUUUAUUGAUCCCUUUCGACCCAUCUUCCUAUAAUCCCGCUGCAUACCUAUGGAAAAAAAUUGAAGAUAUUCCUCAGCAAAGACGGCAUCGACUUCUCCGAUUGUUAAAACCUAGACUUGUAUCAAUGGCUUGGCAGAUAGCUGGUACACGAUAUGAGGAUCCCAAGUUAGUAAAGAAAAGUGCUUCUACGUUCCAACAAAGAUGAUAUCAUGCUUGAAUAUUAUAACUCCUCAUCAAGUGGAGUUGAUACAUUUUGAAGAGUUAACACCUUUGCUACUUUUUAAGGCUAUAUUUACUAGCAAGGAUGGGCAGGCAUAUCGACGAUUCAUUAGUGGAUCGGUUUUGGCUGCAUUUGCUGACUCCUUUGCUCCCUUGUAUUUUGCAGUGAGAAAACUUAAGGAAGUGAUGUCAACAGAGCAGCCAUGUGAUUUAGCAUAUGAAUUCGGGGAUGGACUACAUGAUAUCAAAGAGCUCCCAUUAGGCUUUCCAAGACCAGUUAAACAUCCUUAUCCUUUCAACGAUCAAAUUGUUGUGUAUGUUCGCUAUCUAGGACCUGGGGUUUCAGUAGGGCAAGCAUGGCAAGAGGGGACAAAGUUGGAGCAAGUCCCACAUAAGUUAUAUGGGGAGAUUUUAAUGGUGAAGGAUUGCACAUCAUUAAGAGAAGAUCAAUGAAGAAAGUGAUUAGUUCUCCCUUAGAUAAAAUUAAACGACUCUUUUGUUAAAAAUUUUGCACAUAUCAAGGAUGUUGUCUAUCAAGUAAUGAUGUGUGAACAGACAAGUUUCUAAGGCAUAUGAGGGAAAUAUGACUCCAUGUCCAUGUUUGCUGUUUCUGUAUAGACGAAUCAGUGUAGAACUAGUUUAGAGAAUAGUACGUUGAAUGUGAUGUUCCAUGUUUGGCUGUAAGGUAAGGUGAAAUGAGAAGUGACUGCAACAUUCUCAGCAAAGCAAUGUUUAAUAUCCUUAUUCAAAUUCAAGAUAGUUUGUACUUCAUAGACAUUAAAUAUUUAGGUUGACAUACUGUUUUCUUUUUGUAA